GCGCGGAGGCGGGGCGGAGGUGCAGCGGCGGCUGUUAUUGUUCGGCUGAGCUCGGUCGGGGGCUUGUCUGCCACAGCUACGCCGGUGUCAGUUUGUCCGGCUUGUUUGCUCCACACUCCCGGCUGCUGACGGCGACGCGCGGCGGUUGCGGCGGGCGGGGCCUGGUGUUUGGAGGCCGAGCGGCGCCGGGUUGAGGGGCGCGGAGGAGGAGGAGCAGUAGCGGGAGGAGGAGCCGUGUGCCCUGGCACGGAGCGGCCGCGGCCAUGGCGUACGCUUAUCUCUUCAAGUACAUCAUCAUCGGGGACACAGGUGUUGGUAAAUCAUGCUUAUUGCUACAGUUUACAGACAAGAGGUUUCAGCCAGUGCAUGACCUUACUAUUGGUGUAGAGUUCGGUGCUCGAAUGAUAACUAUUGAUGGGAAACAAAUAAAACUUCAGAUAUGGGAUACGGCAGGGCAAGAGUCCUUUCGUUCCAUCACAAGGUCAUACUACAGAGGUGCAGCAGGGGCUUUACUAGUAUAUGACAUUACAAGGAGAGAUACAUUCAACCACUUGACAACCUGGUUAGAAGAUGCCCGCCAGCAUUCUAAUUCCAACAUGGUCAUUAUGCUUAUUGGAAAUAAAAGUGAUUUAGAAUCUAGAAGAGAAGUAAAAAAGGAAGAAGGUGAAGCUUUUGCACGAGAACAUGGACUUAUCUUCAUGGAAACUUCUGCUAAGACUGCUUCAAAUGUAGAAGAGGCAUUUAUUAAUACAGCAAAAGAAAUUUAUGAAAAAAUCCAAGAAGGAGUCUUUGACAUUAAUAAUGAGGCAAAUGGCAUUAAAAUCGGCCCUCAGCACGCUGCUACUAACGCCACACACGCGGGCAAUCAGGGAGGGCAGCAGGCCGGGGGAGGCUGCUGUUGAGUCUGUUUUUACUGUCUCGCUGCCCGAACGGGGCCUACUCACUAUUUCUUUCACCCUCUCCUGCUCAGCUGAGACAUGAAACUAUUCUAAAUGGCUUUAUGUCACAGAAGACUUUAAUCUUUCAAAUUCUUGUAUAACUUUGAAUAAAUGGUUAAUGUUCACUUAAGAA